UGGCUCUUUUAUCUUCCCUUUUUGGCUCCAAGUGAGGAAAUGCGUCGUAUCGCGGCGUGUGAGAGAUACGCGCUGAUAAGUGGAGAGAACGUCACUUCACAACACCUCAUACUGCCCCAAUUGCCAUCGCUGGCUUGUCAACGGACGCAGCACUUUGUGAAGCGUGUCGUUCCAGCUGAAGACGAUCGUAGCAAGAGCUUUUAGACCUUAAUCAGACCGCAAAGCCAUGUCGUUCUCCAGGUCGCCGUCCAAGUCGCCAACGAAGCGCGGAGCCGCUGCGGCUCUGCUAGCUGGACUGCCAGACCCGUUCCUGCCUGCCCCCGAGCUCCCAGAAGCUGAACGCGCUUUCACCGCAUCCGACCUGAUCGCACGGCAAGCGCAGCUGGAGGCGGAGGCACACGCAGCCAUUCCAUUCGGUCUAGGCUCUUGCACGCAUUCCAAAGGGUACAUCAGACAGCCAGUAUAUGCUUGUCGGACAUGCGGAGGAGGAGGCGUGUGCGCUCAUUGUAGCCUGGGCUGCCAUGCGGAUCACGAACUCAUCGAGCUCUUCGCAAAACGCUCUUUCCGGUGCGACUGCGGCACUCCAGGCAUGUUCCGCCAGCAUCCAGACGGUGUACCGGCAGAAUACCCUGCAUGCACGAUUCGAAAGCCUGGAUACGACCCAGAAAACGACGAAAACAUAUACAGUCAGAACUUUGACGGAAGAUUUUGCUAUUGUGAAAAGGGAAAAGCAUAUGAUCCGAAUGUCGAAGAUGAGGCCAUGUUUCAGUGCUUGGCGUGUGAGGAAUGGUUCCACGAAGCGUGUACAUCGCUGGUCCCUGUGCUUUCGAACCCAACGAGUGCAGAGAACGGCGACCAGCUAUCCGGCGCUUCCGACUCAGCGCAGCUGGGCUCCGGCAGCGCGCCGCUCGAAGUUAGUCGUGGAGCGCCGCUUAUCGAACAAGACCUCUUUGACAUGCUCAUCUGCUCCGACUGCGUGCUAAACCCCAAGAACUCCAUCCUGCUGCAUUACAUUGGCGCCCGAGGAUUCAGCAGCGUCCUACCCGUCGAAGCGCUCUCCGUCGCCAACGCAUCUGCCUCCGCCCCGUCAACCUCGCUGCAGGAUGAGAAGCCCGUAGUUUCCAAUUCGACGCCAGCCAGCGCAUCCGAUGUGUCUCUUGAGAGGCAACAGGGCUUGAGACCGAAGGAAAGGGACCGAUUGCCCAUCACUUACAUUGAGUUCGGCGGUACAAGCUGUCCAGCAUUGCAACGGAAGCGCGAGAUUGCUAUUGUCGGAAUCAGCCCAGAUGUGUUAUUUCAUGGUGAAGAAGAGGCUGAGACUUCGCAAGGUACAGUGGUGGCAGCUGCGGCGGAAAAAGAGCAUCCACCUACUAGCUCAACCGCAGCCCCAUCGUCCUCGGCACCGGCAAAUGCGUCGACGGUCGACGUCGUUACGGUACGAGAGAAGCGAAAGGCUGAAGAUGAUCUGGGACAAGGGCCGCAGACAGGAAAGAAGCCAAAGGCGGAAGACAAGACUGAUGCGGAAACUGUAUCGAACCAUGAUACCGCUCUGUCGACUCGAACAGGUUCGUGCAGCUUGCCGCCACUCAUCAAUGUUGUGCCCUCUGUCUUGCGUGAUCGAAAACAAGGUCAACCACGAUACGAUAUUUACCUCGCGAGCAAUUUCCGGGAGCGCAUUUGCCGGUGUCAUACUUGCUUGCCACGGUGGUCGUCCCUCCCUUUCGUACUCGACGAGGAAGAAACGUACUCGCCGCCCGUUUCCGAAGCUAGCAACGCAUCCGAGACAGCAGGUUCAGCAUCCAACGCAUCGACCUACGACCUAGGAGUCGCCGCGCUCUCACGUUUACCGCGCGAAAGACUGCUGGAGACCAUGGGCGCUUACACACGCUUUCGUGAUGAGCUGUACGCCCACCUGCGCCCGCAUGCUGCCACUGGCGAGGUCGUCACCGAGGCAAGCAUCCGCGAGUUUUUCAGCAAGCGGCUGUAGGUAAAGUCAAAGAAGUGGCUGCAUAUGUACGUGGUGAUUCGUCCACCCUUAGUUUAUCUAUUUAAUUCUCCAAUUGGGACUCCAGAUGAAAGGCUCCAUCCAAGGCGAACCUGAAGUGACAUCAAUGUGAUGCGAGGACACUCAUGCAUCGUGGUUGGCUUCCAACAAUGUAUGCUACAUUUG